UCGAACUCGAACAGUCUAGGGCAUUGGACUCUGACGGCCGGGAAGCCGCUCGGAUCCCCUCCAGAAUCCCAUCGCCAAACCCCUCAAUCGUCUCAAUUCGGGCCGCGGAACCCUAGAUUUCCGCCGGAGAUCCGUCCAUCAGGCCAGCCACUGAUCCCCUCUUCGAUCAGCGAGUACCCAAUCCGCCCCUUUUUGGACGGGAGGCGCUGCUAGAUCCUCUGCUCCCGAUCCACAAAUUCCAGCGGAGCAUUCCUGAUCUUCGUCAACCUCGGGCCACAGUCUCGGUGAAGAAGCUAGGUCCGGCAGGCACCAUGGGGAGGCCUCUGAUCUACGAGAUACUGGAGAAGCCGGCGAGCAGCGGCGUGAUAGCCCUCUGCUCCCUCAUCUGGUUCCUCAUCCAGAAGAGGGGCAUCGGGUACGCGGACGUGGGGCUGAGCUACGAGGCGGCCGUGGAGGGCGGGCAGCACUGGCGGCUCAUCACCGCCGCCUUCUCGCACGUCAGCGUGGUGCAUCUGGUGUUCAACAUGAGCGCGCUGUGGAGCCUCGGCGCCGUGGAGCAGGCAGCCGGGCUCGGCGUCCAGUACUACCUGCACUACACCCUUGUCCUCGUGGUGCUGUCCGGGCUGCUGGUUCUCGGGAUCUACCACGUGAUGAUCCGGAGGUUCAAGGUGGACUACUUCCGGAGGGUGACCGCCGUGGGCUACUCGUGCGUCGUGUUCGGGUGGAUGACCAUCCUCGCCGCAAAGCAGCCGUCGUCCAAGCUCAACCUCUUCGGGGUCCUCUCGCUGCCCAUCAGCUUCGCGCCCUUCGAGUCGCUCAUAUUCACAUCAAUCAUGGUUCCCCAGGCCAGCUUCAUCGGCCACCUGUCAGGGAUUAUUGUUGGUUACUCAAUUGCCUGGGGUUUGAUUCAUGGGAUGAAUAACUACUGGGCGGUCACAAUGCUCGGGUGGAUCGUGCUUGUCUUCGUCUUGAGCUUGAAGCGCACGGGGUCUUUGGAAAUGAGAUUUAUCGAGAUUGAGCCAGUUACGGACCCCUCGCUGCCGUCUGUCGGUGUGGUCGCCUCCAGAAAUGGUAGGGCUCUGCAAAUGGAUAUGCUGCCCGGAAGAGGGGUUGCGGAUUUUAUUCAAGUUAUAAACCAAGAUAUUGCUUUUCAUAUGGAUGAUAUAGCUUGGAUGAAGAACUGCCUGGAUGAAGAACUGAUACGCUCCUUCUGCCAGACAAUGCAGAGUCACAGGCAUACAUCAGACUUGUUCUGCCAGACAAUGCAGAGUCACCUUGCCCCUUUUGCAUCAAUGUGUUUGGACGAUUCUGAUGCUAUUCUGGUAUACCAAUCAAUUAAUCAAGGAAGUUCCAAGUAUAGAUAUGUACUCCCUCUGUAAAGGAAUAUAAGAGCUAAACACUCUUAUAUUUCUUCACGAGGGAGUAUUUACUUAUAGUGCAUGAAAGAAACGCUAAUAUAUGCUUCUUCUGGAUGCAUGCUUUCCUUUCACUACCUGAGAAGCUAAAUUCUAGCAGGCGUUUGUGUAUGCUGAUUACAGGAGCAACAUAGAAUUUUGUAUUCAAAUUGAGUGAGAACUCCUCAGUAACAACAGUUGCUUGUGUUAUGCAAUAAAUAUGGAACCUCUUUAUUAUAUCAGCAAAGGUAAUGUUCUGAGUUUACAAAAGGAAGUACAUCACCGACCAUGUACAUUACACGCACAACAUCACAUUUCAGGUCCAAGGCCAAGUUUUUGAAUUUUGAGGAUAAGUGGAAUUGCCUGUCCUGCUGUCACAUAGGAUGAUCUUCGCGGUCAAUUCAAUCAGUUUCCCUCACACGAGACAAGAAACACUUCAAUUAUCAUUUAUUUGCAGCAACUAUAACACAAUGUCCGUGUCAAAUCCCAGUUUCUCCUUUGGAAUGAUU